AUGAAGCCAGCGGCGAGCUCUGACCCGAGCGCCCUCACCCCAAGAGACGUGAAGGGCCUCUGCAGCCAGAUAUGGGGGAAUCCCGAUGCGAACGCGACGAGCAUCGACGAUGUGAAGGUCCAGCCGUCAGCCCUGGAGCGAAUCUGCAAUGACAAGAGAUCCCUAUCGAACACGAGAGGUUUUCAUGUCAUCUUUGAGCCGGAUAACUCCUGGAUCAACACAGCAAAUGCAUUUUUCUUGCGCAAUCACUGGCAUCAAAACUUCACGUUACUGAAUCCUUGCUCGAAUACCAUGCCCGAUGACUACUUUCUCCUGUUGUCUGGAAACACGGAACCUGCUUCUAGCACGGAUCCAUUUCCAACUUCACAUCCUUUCAAUGUCUCCUCGGGCAUGAAUGCAUCCUCGUUCUCGGAGGAGCCAGGAUCCUCAGCCGGAGAAACGGGUGGCAGCACUCCGACUACUCCAUUCUCAUCGAACGGCUCCGACCCCGAGAUGAAUGCCACGCUGACACGGAAGAAAAGGUCCGACCGAGAAAGACGCAAGGCCAUCUUCGAGCUGCAACAGGACGUUCAACGCCAACUCGUCGACGAGUACAUGCGCGCCGUGCUUGACAAGGUGGGCGAAGAGGUGAGGGAAGCGCUGGAGAGCGUCCAUCCGCGAAUCAAACGGUCCGAUGAUUUGAAAAACAAAGAUCCGCUCGGCUGCAACGACGAUGGGGCCAAUUGCUCCGAGGCUGGGGGUGUCCCGGCUCGGUGCCUGGAGAACGGGACGGCCGUCAUCGAUCCCAAUGUCUUUGCCGGUCGACUCAUUUUCCCGGUGUGUGCGGAGGAGCGGAAGGUGCCCUGUUUGAACAGCGCAGUGUGGCAUGGCCCGAACCACACAUUUCACUGCAUAGGCAUCUGGCAGGUUAAAAAUCCACCCGGUCACCCGGGGGGGUUUAAGGUGGGGAACAUCCACAUGGUCCCAAAUCCACCUCCUGAUCUACCUGUAUCCACCUGGUCGUUCAGCCAGACGGAUACAGGUGGACGCUUAAAAAACAAAGAGAACGGGAACACUGCAGCGGGCUGGGCAGAAGAAUUCUUCGUGUCCCGCUUCAGCGGGCAUGGGAUCCCGCACAUCUUCGAGUCUUAUUCCUUAUUGGGACGCCUCUUUUGGCUCCUCAUCACGAUCUUCUUCGUGGUGCUCUGCCUUUGGCAGUGCAUCCUGGUCAUCCAGGACUUUCUCACCUACCCGAAGGUCGUCAGCAUUCAGGAAGCGGAUUCAUUUCCUCCAGAAAUGUGUGCCGUUUCCAGCAUCUUUUCACGCAUGGAUGCCAUCUUCGAUCAGAAUGGAGACCGAAUGAAACAUUCAAAGUCCUCGAGCACCACUCUCUGCCUAACCGAUUACCAGAACAUGAAGCCAGCGGCGAGCUCUGACCCGAACGCCCUCACCCCAAUAGACGUGAAAGACAUCUGCAGCCAGAUCUGGUGGAAUCCGGAUGCGAACGCGACGAGCAUCGACGAUGUGAAGGUCCAGCCUUCCGCUAUGGAGCGAAUCUGCGAUUCCAUGAGAGGUCCAUCGAGCGAGAGUGAUGUCCCUAUUAUGAUCGUGAUGGAUAACUCUUGGGUCAGCGUGGUCAAUUCCUUUUACCAUGAUGACCAGGGGCAUUCACCUCAAGAGUUCACGUUACUGAACCCUUGCUCGAAUGGCAUGCCCGAUGACUACUUCAUCCUGUUAUCCGGAAACAAGGAACCUGCUUCUAGCACGGAUCCAUUUCCAACUUCCCAUCCUUUCAAUGUCUCCUCGGCCAUGUAUGGAUCCUCUUUUUUCGGCGAGCAAGGAUCCUCAGCCGGAGAAACGGGUGGAAGCACUCCGACUACUCCAUUCUCAUCGAACGGCUCCGACCUCGAAAUGAAUGCCACGCUGACACGAAAGAAAAGGUCCGACCGAGAAAGACGCAAGGCCAUCUUCGAGCUGCAACAGGACGUUCAGCGCCAACUCGUCGAUGAGUACAUGCGCGCCGUGCUUGACAAGGUGGCCGAAGAGGUGAGGGAAGCGCUGGAGAGCGUCCAUCCGCGAAUCAAACGGUCCGAUGGUUUGGAGAACGAAGAUCCGCUGGGCUGCAACGAGACCGGGGCCAAUUGCUCCGAGGCUGGGGGUGCCCCGGCUCGGUGCCUGGAGAACGGGACGGCCGUCAUCGAUCCCAAAGUCUUUGCCGCGGUGUGCGCGGAGGAACGGAAGUUGCCCUGUUUGAACAGCGCCGUGUGGCAUGGCCCAAACCUCACAUUUCGCUGCAUCGGCAUCUGGCAGGUGUGCGACAAGAAGGCGGAUUGCAAGGACGAGUCCGACGAGACCUUCGUCUGCGACCGGUUCGUCGAACUCUGCGAGGCGACGAAGAGCUUCAUGUGCAAUGAGUCAAAUUCGUGCAUCCCUGGGGACAUGCGCUGCAACGGUGUCCCGGACUGCAAGGACGGAUUCGACGAACAAAAUUGCACCGAGUAUUGUCGAAGCAUCGGGGCAUUCGGCUGCGAGACCAAGGGUGGCUGCGUGAGCCUAGACAAGAGGUGCAACAGUGUCUUCGACUGUCCCGACAUGUCCGACGAGAUGCACUGUAAAGAUGUCACUGGCGACUUUGGUGAGAUGAUUACCAAGUCGAGGACAAAGGACAUGAGCGACCUGAUGCAAGUCUACUCGCCGGACCCCGAUGAAGUCGAUAAGUACGGGAUCGGUGCCAGGGAAUCCAUCGUCAGCUGCAGUUUCGACAAUCGAGACUGCUCCUACAAGCAAAGCGACGACUACGGGAAGUGUUUCACCUUCAACAGUCCGUUCCUGGAGAAGUACGUGAUGGACUCGAACGGGAGCUACGUCAAGCAGAACGUGACUCCGCUUUACACGUCCACAUUCGGCUAUCAGCACGGACUUCGGGUCAUCCUGCAACUCGACGUUCAGGACAGCUUUUCGGUCCUGGCGAGAUACAAAGGCGCCCGCGUCGUGAUUCAUCCCAGGUCCCAGCUCCCGUUCCCUGAAGGUCAGGGCUUCAACCUCCCUCCAGGAAUGGUCACCACUGCUUCCCUCACUCGGGAGGACAUAGGGCGAGUCGGAAGUCCCUAUGGAGACUGCAAGGAAUGGAAUUGGAUUCACCUUGGCAACUAUUCGCAAUCAGCAUGCACGAAGGUUUGCUCCGAGGGUUGGUACCGUAAGCAAUGCGGCUGCAAGAAGAGCGUGAAUCCCCUCUUCGACAGCCUCACCGACAUGGCCCCAUGCAAUCCUCUCAAUUUCUCCCAGCUCACCUGCCUCAUGGAAGUUGAAGCAAAGUUCAUCGCUCAGGAACUAAAGUGCUUGUGCCCACCAGCUUGCAUGGAGGUGAAAUACAGGCCAACUCUGUCUCAGGUGUUGCCUAACGAAAAUUUCCUCUACGCUCUCUCCUUCUUCAAAAAAUUCCAGUUCGGCAGCGACGUCUGCAGCAGUCCGGACGAAGACAGGAACACGGCUUACUUGCACGUCUACUUCGAAGACAACAGCUACACGCUGAUCCAGGAAAGUCCUGCCUGCACGUGGGUGACCCUCGUGUCGAACUUGGGUGGGUCAAUCGGCCUGUUUGCUGGGCUCAGUUUGAUCACCGUGGUGGAACUCUUCGUCUUCUUUGUCGAGUUCUUCUCCUUCUGGUACCUGAAGCGUCGGCAACGCGUUCUGGAUGGCAAGAACUUCGACGCCGUCACUGGUGUAGCAGCGAUGAACGACCCAGCGGCAGCUGCGACGAGUCACACGUCGCCUGAUUCAGUCAAGAUACCGUUGAAGGAAACGCAAGAAACCGAGAUGCAGACCCUGGUCCACAUGUCCCCGUUUUUCGUGAACCCCGCUCUAGAGAAGAAGCUGAAGGUUGCACCUCCACGUACCACAUAUUAG